CGUUUUUAUUCAAGGGCCUUCUGUAGAAAUGUUAUGGGUUCAAUUAAAAAGUUAAAUUUCGAGGUAUGUGGUAAGGUACAGGGUGUAUUUUUUCGUAAACAUACAAAGAAAACUUGCGAUAAACAUGGUGUGGCUGGCUGGGUCUUGAACACAAAGGGUGGAACUGUCCAAGGGUUUCUGGAAGGAUCACAACAGAGUGUAUCCAAAGUGAAGAAUUGGCUCAAGUCUGUUGGAAGUCCAAAGAGUAGAAUUGAUAAAUGCACCUUCUACAAUGAGUGUACAGUGGACACCAAAUCUCUGACACAGUUUAGCAUAAUUACUGAAAAAACUGAAGUAGAACGAAGAACAUUCAAAACUUAACUUAAGAGUGGGAUAUUGGAUAGUUCAUUACAUAGCACUGUGAAAAUUUUAAUACUGUGUUCUUAAUAUAAAUCUGUACUGAGUAAAAA